GACAGGAGGAGGAGGGAGAGGAAGAUAGGGUGUUGGUAGAGGAGAUGGGUGAUAAUCUCAACACCAGUGUGGACUACAGCAGCAGACUCACUAAUGGCAGGAGACAUAUCCAGGACAUGGAGAAUGUCAGAGCUCACCUUCAAACCAUGCUGAGAAGCACACCCACAUUGGAGACAGAGGGAGGCAGCAGUGUUACAGAGAGUCCCAACCAGUCAUUUAACAGUGACAGCACCUCACAGCUACUCGGUGGUGGGGUAGGAGGUUUAGAGGAGUUGUUCCCGCGCUAUUCUCUCCUCGUCUGCGCCUGA